AUGAGAAACAUUUUCGUCCCUGUAAUCCUCUCCUUCUUCAUCAUCCUCUUAACUCCAUCAACCGCAGAAGAAUCAGAGCCUUCGUCUGUCUUCUCCGUCGAUCAAAUCCUCAACCAAACCAGCUCAUGGCUCGAUUUUCCGGCGAAAUACAACCAACCUAAAAUCGAGUUAACCGCAUCAACAAUCAUCGCCGUCGUACUCUCUUUCAUCGCCUCCUCCAUCUCCAGCGCAGGAGGAAUCGGCGGCGGAGGUUUAUACGUUCCGAUAAUGACAAUCGUCGCCGGACUCGAUCUGAAAACGGCGUCGAGCUUCUCUGCCUUCAUGGUAACCGGCGGAUCCGUGGCCAACGUGGGAUGCAAUCUCUUCGUCAGAAACCCUAAAGCGGGAGGCAAAACCAUAAUCGAUUUCGAUUUGGCUCUGCUUCUGGAGCCGUGUAUGCUUCUCGGAGUAAGCAUCGGAGUGAUCUGCAACCUCGUGUUCCCGAAUUGGCUCAUAACGAUCCUCUUCGCCGUGUUUCUCGCGUGGUCGACGAUGAAGACUUUCGGAAACGGGAUUUAUUACUGGAGAUUGGAGUCGGAGCUGGCGAAGAUCAGAGAAUCGAAUCGAAUCGGAGAAGACGAUGAGGAUGAGGAUAAGAUCGAGAGCGCGAAGUUGCCUCUUUUGGGAGAUUACGAGAGACGAAAGAGGUUUCCAUGGAUUAAGCUUGGAGUUUUGGUGAUUAUUUGGCUCUGUUACUUUGCGGUUUAUCUUCUUCGUGGAAACAAAUACGGCGAGGGAAUCAUAUCGAUCGAGCCAUGUGGUAUCACUUACUGGCUCAUCUCAUCAAUUCAAAUACCACUCACUCUCUUCUUCACUCUUUGGAUCUGCUUCAGUGACAAUGUUCAAAGCAAUCAGUGUUCAGAUCACCAAGUCUCAGCAAAGGACGUGGAAGAUUUGAGAUCAAAUGAUUGUGGAAGAUCAAACAAGUGUAUGUUCCCUGUAAUGGCUCUAUUAGCUGGAGUUUUGGGUGGCGUUUUCGGUAUUGGAGGCGGUAUGCUCAUUAGUCCUCUCCUCCUCCAAGUCGGUAUCGCUCCAGAGGUUACAGCAGCGACAUGUUCUUUCAUGGUUCUGUUUUCAUCAACAAUGUCUGCGAUUCAAUACUUGUUACUAGGCAUGGAACAUACCGGAACAGCUAGUCUAUUCGCAGUUGUAUGUUUUGUAGCUUCACUAGUGGGACUAAUGGUGGUUCAAAAGGUUAUAACUCAGUACGGAAGAGCUUCGAUCAUCGUGUUCUCUGUUGGUAUCGUCAUGGCAUUGAGCAUUGUGUUGAUGACAAGCUACGGAGCUCUUGAUGUUUGGAAUGAUUUUGUCUCUGGUAGUUACAUGGGUUUCAAAUUACCUUGUUGA